AAAAAACAAAAAAGUCAGUUGAAUUUGGUCAGCGGUGGGAUGUUGACGUUGUUUUUGUUAAAAUUCUGUGUCAUUUCAAAAUGAAAAUAUACGAAUUACCGUACGAUAUUAACAAGGAAUUGUGUAGGUUAUUGGACAUCGACGAUGAUUGGAAGAAGUUGGCCGGGGACCACAUGCAGUACUAUCCAUUCGACAUAAUCGACAUCGAGCAGGAAGCUCGUCGGCAAGUCACAUCCCCUACAAACCAGCUAUUCAUUCGUUGGGGCCAGCUCAACCACAGUGUGGAGGAGCUCUUUGUGCUGCUUCACCGCAUGAAGUAUGUCACCGCCAUGAAGCUGUUGGUGCCUGUGGUGGAUGCUCGGUUCCACAAGCUGCUGAGGAAGCACAGCUCUAGCGUGUCACGGGAGAAGGAUACCGCUGCUGUGGAUGAAAAUGCGAAUAAAGCCAAAAUGCAGAGGCCUCUGGGCAGCGAAAGCUCCAUUCCUCUGCCUGUUAUGCUCAUUGAAAAGGGUGAACAGAUGCCUACAUCUAGUAGCAGAGUUAUAAAUGCAAAUACUCGAACGGACGAUUCAAGCACAGAUAACACAUCAUCCACGGUAGAUCUGAAAGCCACGGCAAUGCACGACGAGUUUAUCAAAAAUGUUUCAGCAAUCCCCAUGCUUAGUUAUGAAGACCUACAGGAAGCUACCAACAACUGGAGCGAAGCGAAUCUACUCGGUCGAGGCGGCUUUGGACAGGUCUAUAAAGGAGAAUGGAAGUUAUUACCAAUAGCAGUGAAACGCUUACGAGACAACGAUGGAAAGAACAGAGAGUUGAUCAGAGAAAUGUGCCUCAACCAGUACCGACAUGACAAUAUUUUGCCGCUCUACGGAUAUAGUCUUGGAGGUCAAGAGGCGUGUCUAGUGUACCAGCUGAUGCUGGGCGGGUCCCUAGAACAAAGGCUUCGACGGAAAACGCACCACCCGCCGCUGAGCUGGAGCCAGCGGUACAACAUACUGCUGGGGGUUGCCAGAGGUCUCACAUACCUCCACACGAUGGCCGGCACACCUCUUAUCCAUGGAGACAUCAAGCCGGCGAACAUUCUACUGGACCAGUGUACUAUGCCCAAGAUUGGAGACUUUGGAUUGGCCAGGAAAGGACCUUAUGGGGAAGAGAGAUCGCAUUUGAAAGUUUCUAGGGUCCACGGCACCCGCUACUACUUACCAGCCGAGUACCUCACAGCCCGGUGUCUCUCACCGGCGGUGGACGCCUACUCGUUUGGAGUACUGUCUCUGGAGGCGGUGUCGGCGCGCGGGGCCUGCUCGCGCACCGCCAGCCCCGCGCUGCUGGUGGACCAGGCCAGGGCCGAACCACCAGAAAACCUAGAAGACCCGAUACUGCGGGCGACAAACGACUCAAACCCGCAGCUUUGUGCUGCGAUGGUGGCCAUAGGCAUCGCCUGCACAGAACCGGCCAGGAGACAACGACCUUCCAUGCUCACAGUUUACAGGCAAAUAGAGGCUCUGCAUAGUCUGGUUAAUACUAAUAUGGCUAAUCAAGUAGCAUAGGUCAUAGGGCUACCUAUGAAGAAAUAAAAAUUGGGACUAACUGAAAUUGCUGCGAAAAUAAAUGAGGUGUUACUUCAAAGUACAUCCACUUUGAAGUAGUUCGUCGUCAGUACGUCUACUAACUACUUUUUCGAAAACUAUAAAAGUUUACGUUAUCGUAAACAAGGUGAGCGUCUGGCGGAAAUGAUUAUUAAACUUUGACAGAAGAAAGCCUUUUUUCGGUUUCGUUAACUACUACUACUAGAGACCCACCAAUGCAAAAGUAUUGUGGAUUGCUGGACAGCUAGUAGAUAGGGCCACAACUUCGGUUAACUAUUAAUAUAAUUGAGAAAGUAUUAUGUUGAGAAAAUGGCACCGAGGUCUGUUGUGUAUGAUGUAUAUUUAUAUUAUUUAUACGUUUCAAGUCAAUACCUACUUAUCAAUUUAACGCUGUGUUAAUAAUGUCUUCCAUUGUACAUAGGUAAUAUUAUGUUAUUGUUAGAAUCAAAAUGAUACAUCAAAUACUUUAAUAUAAGUAAUAUUAUUGUAAAAUGCAAAAUGUCUCAAAUAAAUCGUCUGUUUUCUAAAAA